AUUAUGCAAAUAAUCAUUAGACAAUUGGAGCAGGAAGUUUCAGUAAGAAAAAAAACCCACAAGUUUCUCUGAGUUCCUCAUUCUGCGUAACAGUCCAUGUCCACCGGCUGAUCCACUUUUGGAGCCAAAUACCACCAGUCUGUCUGUCCACCAGUCUGUCAGUCAAUCUGAUGAGGAGCACAGAGAAGAAAUCUGAGGACUAAAAGACUUUGUCACAACUGUUUCUCUAACCAGGGAUACACACUAAGAAGGGCGGUAUGGGCUGUAUGAAGUCCACGUUGAGCGAAGGUCUGAGCGGAGGAGUGGAGGGGAAGAGCAGCCAGCAGACUGUACGUAACGACCACACGCACUAUGUCAGAGACCCUACCUCCAAUAUAAGAGACAACAUAGAUAACUCCCUGUUACCUGGUCAGGUGUUCCAAAAGAUGGAAGAGCAAAAUGCGGCUUGUAAAAUUGUGAUCAGCAUUUACCCGUAUGAGGCUGCGCAUCCUGAUGACUUAGGAUUUAAGAAAGGAGAGAAGAUGAAAAUCUUAGAAGAGCAUGGAGAAUGGUGGAAAGCAAAGUCGUUGACAACCAACAAAGAAGGAUUCAUUCCGUGCAAUUAUGUUGCCCAAGCUGACACCAUGGAAACAGAAGAGUGGUUUUUCAAGGACAUCACGAGAAAGGAUGCAGAAAGGCAGCUGUUGGCGCCAGCAAACAAACCAGGCUCUUAUCUUAUCAGAGAAAGUGAAACAUCAAAAGGAAGUUACUCAUUGUCCAUCAGAGACAUGGACGACCAGGGAACAGAUUCAGUCAAACACUAUAAAAUCAGGAAGAUGGAUAACGGCGGCUACUACAUCUCUCCUAAAAUCUCCUUCAAGGACAUCGGCAGCAUGAUCAAACACUACCACAACAAAGCGGACGGCCUAUGUCGUAAACUGGACCGUGCAUGUGUGAAACCCAACGCUCAGAAGCCGUGGGAUAAAGACGCCUGGGAGAUUUCCAAAGAUUCCAUUAAGAUGGUGAAGAAACUCGGAGCAGGGCAAUUUGGUGAAGUCUGGAUGGCUUACUACAACAACGCAACCACAGUGGCGGUGAAGACGCUGAAGCCAGGCACCAUGACAGUCGAAGCCUUCUUGGAAGAAGCCAACGUCAUGAAGACGCUGCAGCACAACAGGCUGGUGCGGCUCUACGCCGUUAUCACCAAGACACCACCCAUCUAUAUCAUCACUGAGUUUAUGGCCAAUGGGAGCCUACUAGACUUCUUAAAGAGUGAUGCAGGAUGCAAACUGCAACUACCCAAGCUCAUCGAUUUCUCAGCGCAGAUAGCAGAGGGUAUGGCGUACAUAGAGAAGAAGAAUUACAUACACAGAGACCUGAGAGCAGCUAAUGUCCUGGUGUCAGAGAGCCUGAUCUGUAAAAUAGCUGACUUUGGCCUGGCAAGAGUCAUUGAGGAUGACGAAUACUCUGCCAGAGAGGGAGCCAAAUUCCCCAUCAAGUGGACCGCUCCAGAGGCCAUAAACUAUGGAUCCUUCACAAUUAAGUCAGACAUGUGGUCUUUUGGAGUUCUGCUCUACGAGAUUAUAACCUACGGAAAAAUCCCUUACCCUGGUAUGACUAAAGGAGAGGUGAUAUCCUCAGUGCAGCGCGGCUACCGGAUGCCUCAGCCCAACAACUGUCCCGCUGAGCUCUACGAGAUCAUGAUGUCCUGCUGGAAGAACAAACCUGAAGACAGGCCCACCUUUGAGUACAUGCAGAGUGUCCUGGACGACUUCUACACCGCCACAGAGGGACAAUACCAGCAACAACCAUAAAGUGGGACACUUUCAGCCACACAAACAAUCACAAUCACUCCAGAUUAUGAUUGGAGCUAAUUUCAAUAUUUUAGUUUUUUUGUAAUAUUUUGUAUAUAUGACACAUUCUAUAUAUCUUUAAUAUUUGCUUUAUAACAUGCAGUAUGCAGGUCCCAUAAAAUAGUUUAAACCCUCCUCUAUAGUCUACUGUAUUCUGAGGAGAAGCAGCGAUGGGUUUUGCACAAAAUUUAUGAAAAAAUAAAAGAGAAAAUGUGUUGUUUUUUUUAAACUUUUUGACACUAGAGUCUUGUGCCUUUGCAUUUGAGUAUUUGGACCAAAUCAAUUUCUAUAUGUGUUUUUUUACAAUUGGAAAGAACAACCAUCUGACAUCAUACAAAGAGUUGGCAAAGGCAGGAUAAAAAUAGGAGAAGUGUCUUCACUACUGUACAAACAGCUGUCUCAUAGAGUCUGGGUCUGUAUAUAAUGUGUCAAAAUGGGAAAAGGGGCAUGCUGCAUGCACAUUAGGAAUAGCCCUUCUGGUCACCUUUUCAUAAUGAGCAAGACAUUUCAAGAUCAAAGCUUUCAUUUCAACAUGAUAAUGCCUCUUUUUAUUGGUGUUUUUUAAAUGACUGACUUGUUCUUUGAUCAUGUAUUCACAAAACCUAAGGCCCAUCUCCUGCUGUAUUGGCUGUAAUUAGUGGGUCGCCUUUUUCAAGUAGAAAACUUGAAUCUUUUAUUUGGCCCAUGUGUGAAGAGCAGCAUUAUGUGUUGUGAUGUUCAAUAAUAACAUUUCCAUU